GAAGGCUAAAACCUAGUCAGGGUGGUGGCUAAAACCCGGUUAGGAGCAUUAUCCACCGUUACACCCCCUACAGGUUAAAAGAAUAACUACUCAGAAGAAAAGUAGAAUCAGCAGCAGAAGGAGACAGACCAUAAGAUGUCAGCUGCAUUAGGCGGGAAAUCGCUGGCUCUGUGUCAUGGAGCAAAGGAUGGUUUUGUUAGAGUGAGGAAAAGAGAUUUAGAGAAGCUAACCACAGAAGUCAUGCAGCUGAGGGAGUUCCUGCCCAGAGUUCUGAAUGGGGACCUGAUUGAAAUGCUGCGUAAAUCUCGAGCAGCACAGACACUGAAGGAGCAACUUGCACAGGAACAGGAGCAGCUGCGACAGGAGUGUCUUCAUCUUCAGUCCCGACUGGAUGCAGUGCAGACUGAAUGUCAGAAAGAGAGAGAGGAGAAGCUGCUGUUGCGUGAGCAGCUGUGGCAGAGUGGAGCAGAGCUGCAGCAGCAGGCAGACUUCUGCUCUGGUCUGGGAUCUGCAGCUUGCAAUCUGCUGUGGAGCUGCUCUGCCCGGGAGGACACAGUCACAACCUGGCUGGCUGAUGGGAAGCUGCAGUCCUUUUUGACUGUAGCUGCUCAGACUCUGGAGAGUUUUGUCAGGUCUCUGGAUGAAGAGGUGAAAACACAAACUGAGGACCACAACUCUCAGGAGCACCAGUUUGUGUUGGCUCUGGCUGGAACCAUUACAAACAUAGCAGCAGUAACGUGUGGGCGUGACUUCCUGUCCAGCUCGGCUCACAUUCUGCUGGACACUCUGAUGAAGCUGCUGGAGCUGAUGAAGCCUGGUGUCUUCCCCAAACUGAAAGUGUUGAUGCUGAUGGCUCUGUAUAAUGUCAGCAUCAGUGUUAGGGGGGUGAAGUACAUCAGUGAGAACCCAGGACUGCUGUCUCUUAUCUGGACCCUGCUGGAUGAUGGAGACUGGGAGGUGUGUCUCCACUCUCUGCGUCUUCUGCAGUCAGUGUUGUUGGAGGAGGAGGUGCUGCUCCUGCUGGGCUCCUCUCUGCUGGAUCCAGACUUCCAGGCUCGUGUCAGCCUGCUCACCUCCAGUGUGCAGCCCAGCCUGAGACUGGCUGCCCAGCAGACCCUGGAAGACCUGCAAGCACUCCAACAGGGUCAGGGGUGUAAACAGAGCAGCCUCUGAGAUUCAGCUGUGGAUUCAGCAUCUUCAGUCCAGUCCUCCCCCUGUGUUGUCUCUUCAUGUCACAUUACUUCUGUCUGUGUGCUGUUAUUAGCACAUUUUGUUUGCAAAGUGAGGUAACUGAAAAUAAACUGUAGAGAUGAAAGUUUUCAUCAAAGUAGGAAGAGCCUCUCACUGGUAUUUCUAAACUUUUAUAACCAUUUUACUUGCACUGUUCAAUGUUGAGCCUUCACAUUUGUUCACGUCACUGUGUCUUACUUGGUUGAUACACACUUAAUGUGAAUUUGAUAAUACAGGUUUGUACAAGAAAAUUAAAGAUGAUGUUUGCACA